CAUGACAGAAUUGUCUUCAAGGCAGAGGGGGCGGUGCUCUAUCCAGUUCUUAUAAUACAUCCAUGGGAGCUUCACAGCAGAGAGGAAGGUGAAGAACGUUAUAACAUUCAGAGCAGUAUGGACGAGUGUAACCUGCUGAAGGAGAGACUCCAGGCCAUCACUGAGAAGCACCGUAUUCAGGAGGACAUCAGACAGAAGAAGCUGGAACUGGAUAGAGAGAAACUCAAACUGCAGCAUCUCAAGAAAAAAGCUAUGAGGGAGCAGUGGCUGCUACAGGACUCCACUACCCACAAUGCAACAUCGCAGCAACAGAGCCUUCUGUCCGACCAGCAGCAGACCAGAGCACUGCAGCUCAACAUCCACGGGAUGGAAAAGGAGGUGGAGCUUCUGGAGCGAGAGGAGUCUAUGAUUUCCACCAAUGAGAGCUUCAUCCUCAACAGACUGAAGGCUGUGGAGAAAAGCUCACAGGAAAUUAUUAUGGAAGCAAACGAGAACUUUGUCCCCAAACCAUCGCGGGUUGCCAUGGUGAUUCCUGAUGACCCAGAAUCUCCGUCUCCACUUGCCAAUAACCACACUGAGCUGACACCGAGAAAAAUGCUGUUUGCCAUGGAGAUCAAUGUGAAUAAAAACCUGCUGACCGGGGAAAACACCGUACUUUCUACUGCGAACGUGCCACCCGAGGACUUGCACCAACACAGCGGGCUCAAAGUUUACGACGACGGCAGGAAGUGCAUCUAUACUCUGAAUCCACAAGAGGGAUCACAUGACCCAGAGUGUGUAUCUGAGCUGUCAGCCAGAGAAGUGCAACAGUUGCUGCAGAGUGCCACGGCGCAUCGCCAAUUAAACCACCAACAUCCCAACAUCAGGGAGGAGCAGUGGAGGAGCACGCGCCACAAUAACAAAGACAAAGUGCAGGUGUGUGACCUCAGUGACCACAGGGGGCGCUGUGGUAACCGCGUCCUCCUUCACAACACGACAGCAGAGAAAGACGUCAGCUUCAUGGAAAACUGGCAAAACUGGAGGGAAAUGCGGGAAUACCAAGAAAACCCGCACAGUCGGCAGGACGAGAGACUUAACCACAGCAAGCUGAAGGAACGUCAUCGCCUAGGAAACGGCAAGGAGGUGGGGUUUCACCAUGGCGACCAGAAAGGUCAUGGCUGCAGUUCUUACCAGGUGAGAAACUGUCACAGUGUUCUGGACAAUCGGCCUGUUAGCAACAGCAGAAUCAUCAGGAGCAACAGCACUCAUGGAGGCAGAACCAAUGGCUGGGCUCCGCCCAGAUCACAUGACCAGGAAGUAGUGUCCCCCUACCAAUCGCAGCUCUGCUACACCCCGGCCAAUCACAUCCCUCUUAGCGAUUACAUCAGUGUGGAUGAGGAGGAACUUUAUUGUAACAAUCCGCCCUCUUACCAGUCUGCACUGUACCGUGGCCCCGCCCGCUCCGAGCGAGUGCCCUCCCCCCUCUACGGAGACGACACCCCUUACACCAUCCUCAACACCAUGGAUACCACCGAGCCAAUCACCGCCAUCUUCAUGGGCUUCCAGACGGCGCAGGACGACAGUGGGCGGGGUCAGGAGUUCGAGGGCUCGCUGAAGGCCGAGCUGGUCGUUAUCGAGGACAGUGACGACAACGGUGAGGACAACAACAGCGUGGCGGAGGAGAGACACGCCCAACCGAGUGUCGUCGGCUUUUCAACAGGCAGCUCGGCCAAUGGGAGUGUAGGAUUUGGAGUCAAGCGGACGGCGCCAGGUAUCAAACGGACCCAGAAGAAGCAUCAACCGUGCUGUUGUGUCUCCUAACUGGACUAACCAAUGCAUGAGUGACCAACUCUGACUCUGAAACACUAACCACUUUGACGAGUUCAUACUGACAGGGACGUGAGACAAUGUUUGACCACUUUAUUUCACCACGAGACAGCGUUUUACAACAGGAAAAUAAAGUUUGUGCCGCUUUGUAAACUGCUCAGUUCCCCUGCACCAAAGCGCAUAGAGCAUAUCAUGAUUUUAAGCCUCAGCACAGAGUAGUUGUCAAUCCACUGCUGCCUCCUUCAGUAAGUUCAAAUGUGUUAUUUUGUAACUUCGGUCUUUGAAAUCCUUCGUUCAGUUUCACCUCAGUGACAUAAACGUAUUAAACGAGGCCGCAGUAGACCAGCAGCUCCUGUGUCCCUGCAAGCUAAAAACACUAAUUUUCUCUAUGGACUUUGGUGUGGGGAUGUAAGCGGUUUAUAAACUUAAGUUUCUACUGAGAAAACACGGUUUUUCAGUGAGAAAAAUCAGCACACAUAUUCAUAAGACAUUGUAGACUUAUUCAGGUGUAUGUUUUAUUAAUUGAGGCUAAAAUCUGUUUAUUUUUCUCCUCGUGUCCUCCCUCUGACAAUCAUGUUUUCAGUGCGACCGAGUGUCACACUUUAAAAAUACAGCUCAUCAACCGGCCUGUGGUCCAGCGUUGUGGCUCCCUCUGCUGGUUACAAGGUGUGGCGAAUAAUAAUGAGCAGCUACUGUAUAAAAACUCAAAAUGGCAGCAGAACGCAACUUUGUGCUAAGAUUAAUUUAAAGUGCUUUUGUUCACAUGUACAUUUACACUGCAUUUACGUCACAUAGUGGUCAGAUGUAGAGACUGCAAUAUGAUUGUUGUAUUGACCACUAUGUCAGCUGAGUAGAU